GUAGAACUAUAGAAUUAUCAAACAUCUCUUCCUCACUCUUCCAUCACUCUUCCAUCACUCCUCUUUCUCUCGAAAUUUAAUUUUAUAUAUAAAUCUGAAUCCUAGCAACUGAUAAGGUAUAUAAGCUCCAUCUCUUCAUCUCCUUUCAGUUCAAGAAACUAUAUUUUUGCUUGUUAUAAUUUAUCAAGUCUCUCAGUUCCUUUUCCUACAAAAAGAUCUCUUUUUCUCAGAAAAUCUUCAAACUUUCUCUAGUCUGAACAUGACCCUGAGAUUCUCAUCAGAACUCCAGAGAUUUGUUGCACAAGUUAGUUAGGUCAUGACUUGCAAUGGGAUGGCUUUCUUCCCAACAAAUUUCAUGCUACAAACUGCACAUGAAGAGGACCAUCAACCUCCCACCUCGCUCAAUCCAAUUCUAUCAGCAUGCACACCUCAAGACUUUCACGGGGUUGCAUCGUUUAUAGGAAAGCGAUCAAUGUCGUUCUCAGGAAUCGAUAUUGGUGAAGAAGCAAAUGGAGAGGAUGAUUUGUCUGACGACGGAUCACAGGCAGGAGAAAAGAAGAGGAGGCUUAACAUGGAGCAGGUGAAAACCCUUGAAAAGAAUUUUGAAUUGGGGAACAAACUUGAGCCUGAGAGAAAAAUGCAGCUGGCUAGGGCUCUUGGUCUCCAACCAAGACAGAUCGCUAUUUGGUUCCAAAACAGAAGGGCUAGAUGGAAAACCAAGCAACUUGAGAAAGACUAUGAUCUCCUUAAGAGACAAUAUGAAACCAUCAAAGCAGAUAAUGACAAGCUUCAAGCUCAAAACCAGAAGCUUCAUGCUGAGAUAUUGGCACUGAAAAGUAGAGAAGUUACAGAAUCGAUCAAUCUGAAUAAGGAAACCGAGGGAUCUUGCAGUAAUAGAAGCGAGAACAGUUCAGAUAUAAAAUUGGAUAUCUCAAGGACACCAGCUAUUGACAGCCCUCUAUCUAAUCAUCCAAAAAGUAGACCUCUUUUCCCAACUUCAUCUUCAUUAGUGAGGCCAACUCCAACCGGAGUGGCUCAACUUUUCCACCACCACAACUCAUCGUCAAGGCCUGACCUCCAGAUGGGUAAAGAAGAAAGUCUCAGCAGCAUGUUCUGUGGCAUGGACGAUCAGUCUGGAUUUUGGCCAUGGUUGGAGCAUUAACAUUUCUGUUGAAAUUAUAAAUUCAACUACGAUCCCAACUACUGUCAAAUUGUAAUAUAACCAUUUCCUAAGUUUGUCAAUGUUUUAAACCAAGAAGCCUGCAAUUUGAUAACUUUAUUAAUCUAUGAGUUUCUACUCCUUGUUGAUUUACUAGAGUGGCAUAUAAAGUAGAAUAUAUCAACUUGAUUUUUCAUUAGGGUUGAAGAUCUUUAUGAAGUAAUAAAGGGUUAUCUGCCUUGGAGUUCUAUA